CGUUGUCAAGGCAGCGGCAGCCACUUCCGGGGCGGGGCGAGCUCGGGCAGCAGGCGUUGCCAUGGCGGCUUCGGGGCCUGGUCCUGCUUCGGGGCCGGAGCCUGGGCCUGGGCCUGGGCUGCAGACGCGGCUGGUGGAGAACCAGCCUUACGACGAGAGCCUGGAGGUGCACGAGGCCGAGGACGUGGCCAGCAUCUACGCGCCCAGCCCCCCGCAGCCAGGCCAACGCCCUGCCCGCCCUCCACACAAGGGCCUGGCCCCAGACAGCAGUGACGAUGAUGACGAGGAGGAGGACCACGACGCUGGAGGCAAGCAGGAGAAGAAGGGCCCCCAGCGCCGCUUCAGCGGGAAUGAGGUGGAGGAUGAGGACGAGGAUGACUCUGAGACCGACUCCGAGGAUGAGGAUGACGAGGAUGAAGAGCAUGGGGCGCCGCUGGAGGGGGCUUACAACUCCGCGGACUACGACUACCUGCCCGUCUCCCUGGAGGUCAAGGAGCUUUUCCAGUACAUUCGGAGGUAUUCCGCCCAGAUGAUUGACCUGGAGCACAAGCUGAAGCCUUUCAUUCCAGACUUCAUCCCUGCAGUUGGAGACAUUGAUGCCUUCUUAAAGGUCCCCCGCCCAGACGGGAAGCCAGACAACCUGGGCCUGCUGGUGCUGGAUGAGCCCUCCACAAAGCAGUCGGACCCCACGGUGCUCUCCCUCUGGCUGACGGAGAACUCCAAGCAGCACAACGUAGCUCAGCAGGUCAAAGUGAAGAGCCUGGAGAACGCGGAGAAGAACCCCAAGGCUAUCGAUAACUGGAUUGAGAGCAUCAGUGAGCUCCACCGCUGCAAGCCCCCCGCCACCGUCCACUAUACCAGGCCCAUGCCGGACAUUGAGACGCUGAUGCAGGAGUGGCCCCCUGAGUUUGAAGAGUUGCUGGGAAAGGUGAGCCUUCCCACUGCAGACAUUGAUGCCAGCCUCGCCGAAUACACAGACAUGGUCUGUGCUGUUCUGGACAUUCCUGUCUACAAGAGCCGCAUCCAGUCCUUGCACACACUCUUCUCUCUUUACUCGGAGUUCAAGAAUUCGCAGCACUUCAAAGCCCUGGCAGAAGGCAAGAAGACGGCCAGCCCUCCUUCCAACCCGGCCUCCCAGGCUGGAGAGACAGACGUCCUGAGCUUCACCUGAGAAGAGAAGUACCGUGGGCAGAGGCCUUGUUUGCUUGGAGAGGGAAACUAUUCACGUGACAGAGGCAACAGAGCGCAGAAUGCCCAGGAUACCAGGUGGAAGGGGGGGGGAGGGAGUCUCACCUGAAGGCCCCGAAUCCCUGGGUUUGGUGCUAGAAGACACUAUUCCACAUCUCAUGUGCUUUGUGUGGCCUUGUGUGAAUAAAGAUUUGCUUUUGGUA